GAAGCAACUGGGAUCAAGCCUGCGGGAGACUACGCCUGAGAAAAGUAUGGACCGGAGACGUUGCGAUCCGGAAUUGAUGAUUUGCCUUGGUUAUCUUGCGGUCCUGUCUGUAGUUACAACUCAACCCUGUGUACAUGAAGACACCCUAAUGAGAAACCAGGACUGCAUUGGCAAUGACAAUUGUGGAAAGGAUAAACCACACAUUAUCAGAGAGUGUGGUAACAACACCGAGUGUUACAGUGCACGGUUCAGGGCACAUACCAGAAUUUACUGCCGCUGUAAGAAAGGGUUUACGUCAAUCACUGGUGAAAGCACCUUUAAUACGAGGACAGACUGUGUUGAUAUUAAUGAGUGUGAAGCUGGUGAAUUGUGUGGGCCAAACGCAAGCUGUCACAAUACAGUGGGAAAUUAUUACUGUGUCUGUAAUCAGGGAUUUCAAUCUUCCGGAGAAAUACAUUUUCCUGCUUCAAGUACAACAUUUUGUCGAGAUAUUAACGAGUGUGAUGAUAAUGACAAUAAUGGGUUAUGUGGACCAAACCAAAGUUGCCAUAACACAGAAGGAAGCUACAUUUGUUCCUGUAACCAAGGACUUGAGUCUUCAGGGCAGAUUGAUUCCUUUGAUCUAACUAAAAAACUGUGUCAAGAAAUAUCAUCUGGUGUACACACAAGAAUCAGAGAGCGGGAGGCACCUGAUAAUGGAAACAUGGUGCCUGAUAACAGAAACACACCUGUACUUGUUAAUGGGAACACACCUGCACCUGUUAAUGGAAACACACCUGAGCCUCUUCAUGCAAACACGCCUGCACCUGUUAAUGGGAACACACCUGCACCUGUUAAUGGAAACACACCUGAGCCUCUUCAUGCAAACACACCUGCACCUGUUAAUGGUAAUACACCUGAGCCUGUUAAUGGAAACACACCUGAGCCUCUUCAUGGAAACACACCUGCACCUGUUAAUGGAAACACACCUGAGCCUCUUCAUGCAAACACACCUGCACCUGUUAAUGGUAAUACACCUGAGCCUGUUAAUGGAAACACACCUGAGCCUCUUCAUGGAAACACACCUGCACUUGUUAAUGGAAACACACCUGAGCCUCUUCAUGGAAAAGCACCUGUUAAUGGGAACACACCUGAGCCUGUUAAUGGAAACACACCUGAGCCUGUUAAUGGAAACACACCUGAGCCUGUUAAUGGAAACACACCUGAGCCUGUUAAUGGAAACACACCUGAGCCUCUUCAUGGAAACACACCUGCACCUGUUACUGGGAACACACCUGCACCUGUUAAUGGAAACACACCUGAGCCUGUUAAUGGAAAAAUGCUUGUACCUGUUAAUGGAAACACACCUGAGCCUCUUCAUGGAAAUACAUCUACACCUGUUAAUGGAAACACACCUGCACCUGUUAAUAGAAUCACUCCUGCGCCAUUUAAUGGAAACACAGCUGAGCCUCUUCAUGGAAAUCCACUUGAGCCUUUAAAAAGAUACACACCUGUAUCUGUUAAUGGAAACACACCUGCACCUGUCCAUGCCCCAUCUCCUACACCUCCCACUGAAGCCUGUGCCUACAACGUUUCCACCGCUGGAACCACUGGAAUUGAUCCCAGCCUGUUGGCAGCACCAGAGCAGCCGGAUUCUCCUGUGGAAUUAUUUUGUUCUAUCAUGACCAACGCCAGUUGGCUGCUAGGUGAACUGUGCCAAAAACCUGCCGAAGGAUUACCAAUUGAGAAUGUCAUUUCACUUACAACAAAGUUGUUCAUGGAAGAGUCUCCGCUGAAGGAAAUGCAACAGGAGGAACGGCUAAAUUUAGCCUCUCAAAUCCUGCAGGGUGUGGAGAGAGCUGCCAUCAUGGCCGCCUUGAACUCUGAGGGUCAAAGACUGAAAAACAUCACCAACAAGGCAAUAGACCUUCACUUACAAGUCAUUGAUGUGAACAGCUCCCCCACCAAUGAUAAAAUGAGACUGGAAACAAAGGGCAAUGCAAUGGAAAUUUCCUGGAGAACGGUCACAGGCUCCAAAAUGACAGGCUCUGUUGCUGUUGCUUUCAUUGUGUAUGACAACAUGGAUUCUGUCCUGCACGGAGCACACUACGAAAACAAGGAAACCAGUGAGAAAUAUGAAGAUGUUCAGCUGCAUUCUAGAGUCAUUUCAGCUGCUUUUGGAUCCUCAGGGAACUACAACCUUCCCAUAGCUGUGAGCUUCCUUCUAAAGCAUAAAAAGGAUCCUACAGUUGGUGGGAAACGGCUGUGUGUCUACUGGAGUCACACAACGAAUGGGAGUCACUGGUCUCCAAGGGGCUGUGAGCUGGUGGGUUCCAAUGACACCCACACCACAUGUCAAUGUGAUCACUUGUCUAGCUUUGCAAUUUUGAUGGCCUUUAGUGAGGAGCUACAGGAUUAUUCCCAUGACACGCUCUCUGUAAUUAUGUUCAUUGGAAUCCCCAUAUCUCUGGUGUGUCUCGCGGUUGCUAUCGGCACCUUUAUCUUCUGCUCGCAGGCUCGAAACGCCAUCACGGCCACCCACAUGCAUCUCUGCAUCAGUCUCUUCCUGGCAGAGCUGCUCUUCAUAACUGGCAUCGACAGUACCAGAUACCAGACCGUAUGCGGAAUCAUAGCGGGAUGUUUACAUUAUUUGUUUUUGACCGCAUUUGCUUGGAUGAGCUUGGUGUCAACGCAACUUUACCUCAUGGUCAGGAACCUGAAGAACAUGAGGGUAUCCCAUUCCAGUAACAUUGAAAAGUAUAUCUAUCCACUUGGGUAUGGGCCUCCCGCAUUAAUAGUGGUAAUUUCUGCAGCAGUCUAUCCCAAUGGAUACGGAUCACGAAGAAACUGCUGGCUACAAGUAGAGAAUGAGUUUAUAUGGAGCUUCUUGGGACCAGUCUAUUUGAUCAUUUUGAUCAACACAUUUAUGUUCACCAUGACUCUCUGCACGUUGAAUGAGGAACUUUCCAAUCGUGACAUGAAAGUGUCAAAAAUUAAGGACACAAGGAUGCUGACAUUUAAAGCCAUUGGACAGGUGUUUAUACUGGGCUGUACCUGGAUUCUUGGCUUGUUUCAUUUUCAGGAGGAAACAGUGGUGAUGGCCUACUUAUUUACUAUUGUCAACAGUUUCCAGGGCACCUUCAUCUUCAUCAUCCUCUGUGUGUUAAAUCCCAAGAUAAGGGCUGAAUACCACAAAUGGAUUAACCCUAUCUGCAAGACCAGAAGGAGUUUAUUUGAAUCUGAAUCCACAAAAGUGCCAUUAUCAGUGACAUCGGAAACAGUGUGACUGGAUGUGUUCUUCAAUUCUGCAAAGAGCUGACCGACCAUUUCUGGCCCAUAACCUGAUGUGGACCAAACCCUAUGUGAAGACUGUGUGGCCAUAUUACCUUCUAAAAUGCCUCAAAUUGCCAAUAGUGGUUCCAUUGGCAUAGCAGCCUCCAAGUAUUACCCUUCUGCAACCAGUGGGCACUGCAAGGAGUGAAGCAUCUUAUAUAAUAAUACAAUACACCAGUAAUAAUGUUACAAUUUAGUUUUGUAAGCUGCCUUUUGUUGAAAGUAUAUUUUAUGGUUAAUUUACUUUAUUAGUUCUGUGCCAUUAAAGAUUAAUGGGAUCAUG